UCUUGUUGUGUGCAAGCUGCAAUGCAAUGCAAUACCUUCAUCCUGAUUCACGAUGAGAAGAAACAUUCGAUUCUCAGGCACAGAUCUCGAUUUCGUGAAUAUCGCUCACAGUCACCUGAUUCACUCUCAAUGGGAAAAUCUUCAUCCUCUAUCAACCUCUCUCACACCCUUCAGAGUCAAACACAUUCUCCUCAAACUCAAAAACGACGACGUUCUCUCCCUCGAGUUCUUCAACUGGGUUCACAACUGCAACCCUUCUUCUCACACGCUUCAAACCCAUUCCAUUCUCCUCCACACGCUCGCCAACAAUCGCAAAUUCAAAACCGCGCAUUCAAUUCUCCGCAGAAUCAUUAAUGUUAAUGUUGCUUCAUCUUCCAACACCCUAUUUGAUGCAUUGCUCUGUUCCUACCGUCUCUGCGAUUCUUCGCCGCUUGUUUUCGAUGCAGUUUUCAAGACGUAUGCUAACUUGAACAAGCUCAGGGAUGCUACUCACACGUUUCUUCGGAUGAAGGAGUAUGGGUUUCUCCCCACUCUGGAGUCCUGCAAUGCGUUUCUCAGUUCACUGCUUCAGCUUCGUAGAGCUGAGGUUGCUUUAGCGUUCUACCGCGAGAUGCGGCGCGAUUGCAUUUCUCCCAAUGUUUACACACUCAACAUGGUUAUCUGUGCUUAUUGUAAAUCAGGGGACCUGCCAAGAGCUCUUGAGACGUUGGAGAAGAUGAAGGAUAUGGGUUUGAGUCCUACUGUUGUGUCUUUCAAUGCAUUGAUUUCAGGGUAUUGUAACAAGGGUUUGCUUGGUUUGGCCUUAAAGAUGAAAUCCUUGAUGGGAAACUAUAGGGUGAGUCCAAAUGUGGUUACCUUUAACACUCUUAUUAAUGGGUUUUGUAAGGAGGGGAAGCUGCAUGAAGCCUACAGAGUUUUCUCUGAGAUGAAGGUUGCCAAUGUGGCUCCCAACACUGUAACCUACAAUACUUUGAUAAAUGGGUAUAGUCAGAUAGGUAACUGCGAAACGGGGAUGAGGCUUUUUGAGGAGAUGGGAAGAAAUCAGGUUAAGCCUGAUAUCUUGACUUACAAUGCAUUGAUUCUGGGACUGUGUAAGGAUGGGAAGACAAAGAAAGCGGCGAAUCUGGUUAAAGAACUUGAUAAGGACAACUUGGUCCCCAAUGCUUCUACAUUUUCUGCCCUUAUUACUGGGCAGUGUGUGAGGAACAACUCUGAGCGUGCUUUUCAGAUAUAUAGAAGCAUGACAAGUAUUGGUUAUAGUCCAAAUGAGAGUACCUUCGGAAUGUUGAUAUCUGUAUUCUGCAAGAAUGAAGACUUUGAUGGAGCUGUGCAAGUCUUGAGGGACAUGUUGGACAGAUCUAUGACUCCUGAUUCUGGUAUCUUAUCUGCGCUCUACAAUGGGCUUAGUAGGUGUGGAAGAAAGCGGUUGGCAUUGGAGCUAUGUAGUGAGAUGGAAGCUAAGCGUCUGUUGCCAGAAGGUUUUGGCCAAGAAAAAAUAGCCAUCACCAGUCCAGAAAAUGGGACAAAUAAUUGAACUUGUGAUGUUGUUUGUCUAUGUGUUCUAUGUAUGACUUUUUAAGCUGUCCAUUACAUGCUGCACUAAACUUGAGAAGCUUCACUGUAAAUAAUAUUUCAUUUAAACCAACCACAAAAGAUAAUUUUUUUUAG